AUGUUGCCAAGAGCAUUCAAAACGGAUGCAGAGAUUCGACAACAACAAAUAAACACAUUGAAAAUCUUCAAUGACAAAGUGACAGAAAUUCUUGAAGGCGAAGAAUACGAUGUCUUAUUCAGCUCAGGAGGCCACAAUUUCUGUUUGAAGGUUUCCUUGGGUAAAGAAUUUCCCAAAGAGAAACCAAUACUGAAAAUAGUCCCUGUGAUAAUUCAUCAUUGGAUAAAUGAAGAUGGUGAAGUAAAAUCAGCCCCAGGAUUGCUCAAUUUUACUUUGCAUUCUGACUUGGGCAGAGUAGUUCAAGCAAUCAUAAGGGAGUUCCAACGUAGUCCACCACCUUUGGCAUCAAAUAAUUCUACCAAUAUAGUUUCACCAACAAUACCUAUAAAUGGUGAAAUAAGAUCAAGCCCUAUAAAUUACCAGUCAUUUCCAGCUGUACAAAGUCUAUCACCUCCCACACCUAUGACCUUAUCAAAUAAUUCUCAACUGCCUCAUCCCAGCCUAGCUUUUCCUGAAUUAUUGAAUUUAUCAUUGGAGGAACUGAAUUUUUUGAAUGAGAAUUCAGACAGACAAGAUGAAUUUAUUGAUGACUUACCCAUAAUGAAAAAACAGAAUAAGGCUUUGGAUGACCUUAUUCUGCAAGUUGAAGAUUUAGCAGAGUUGAACUUGUCCAAAGAAGAAAAGUUACAGGAACUAAGAAAAGAUGUAAAUUCCAGGAUAGAAGAAGUAAAUAAACUUGCAUUUGAUAAUGAGAGAUUGCAUAGUGUUUAUAAAAGUUUGUCUGAUAAAUAUACACCUAGACAUAUAAAGGAACAACUUGGUUUAGCUGCUGAAAAGGCAGACAGAGAAACUGAAAAAGUAGCUGAAUCAUUCCUGAAUGGUGAAACUGAUGUUGAAAAAUUUUUAGCUGAUUUUAUCAAAAUAAAAACAUUGUCACAAACACGUAAAACCAAGGAAGAAAAACUUAGCCAGCAGUUGGAUAGGUUGGAAAGAGCAGGGUUUUGA